AUGAGCUCCUCCCCUGACGAGGUAGCCGCCGCCGCACCGUUCGCAGCGCACAGGAGGUUCUGGCUUGGCUGCUUCCAGGCGCAGGUCAUCAUCGACACGUUCCUGUGCGGCGUGUUCACCGUCCAGCUCACGCAGUACUGGGAGUGGCAGAGCAAGGACCGGCUGUGGACGCGGCUCGUAGUCAUCACGACCGCGUUUCUAGCCUACUUCAUCACUGGGUUUAUCAUGUGGAACAGCUCCUACGACUUCGUCGCACACUACGGCCUGUAUGCCCAGUUCUUCAAAGGCAGCGUGAUCUCGUGGUACGGCUUCUUCAACGCCAUCACCUGCGUUACGACGCAGGGGUUCUUCGCGCACCGCGCCUUCCACCUCACGAACAGGAGCUAUUUUGUUCUCGGCCUCGUUUGGGUGCUCAUCCUCACGACCCUCGGCGCCACACUUGCAAUCAAGGUCCUCGAGAGCGUGGGCCAUUCGCUGUCGUCGACAGAGGUCAAGAUUCCCGUCAUAAUCUACAUGGCGUCGACCGUGUGCGCAGACUUUAUCCUCACCGUCACCAUCCUGUACUGCCUGCUCCAGUCCAAGACGGGCUGGGACUACACCGACAAGGUCAUCAUGCGCCUCGUGCGCAUGACGGUCGAGUCGCAGCUCCCGCCGACGAUCCUCGCCGUGGUCACGCUGUCAAUCUUCAGCCGCUACCCCGACUCGGCACUGUCAGUCAUGCUGCAGGUCAUCCAGUCCAAGUUCUACUGCAUCGGUCUCAUGUACUCGCUCAACACGCGCAUCCGGUUCACGCCGCAGACGAUGGAGUCGGCGACGGGCCAAGUCUUCACGCUCAACAGCCGUCCCUUGGCCACGAUCCAGGUCGACGUCGAGACCGAGACGUACGAGACGCACGUCGAGUACCUCCCCGCCGGGCCGAACCGGCGCAAGCUCAACAAGCUGCAGAUGGACGACGACAUCGACGAGGAGGGCGAGGGCGACGGCGGCGCGCGCGCGUCGCACGCCGUCGACACGGACAAGGCGUCUGGCGCGACGGGCACCACGGACGCGACGUUCACUGGUCACGAGUACGGCGACGACGGCGCGCCCGACAACAUCGAGGUGUUCAACCGCCUCUCGUGCAUCGCGAGCGGCACGCCGCCCCCGCCACCCAAGGACGCGCCGGCCGUUCUGUGA